GUCUCGCUAUUACUCUAACCACAAAGUGCGAUAUCUAGGUACAUUAUCAGAUAGGCAAGGUAGAAGCUGCUUGUGGGUAUCUUCGCAAUCUCAGCACUUCCGAGUGCACAUUUACCUGGCUACCUUUUAGUUAGACAUGUCACAAACGAGCGCUGGUGGUUUGUAUAAAAGAAUUGCGUCGAGAACCUCUCAGUUACUGAGGUAUUGAUCAAGCAGCAUGGGCGCAAUCUUCGAACCAGGCAGCAUACAUCUCUGUUGGUGCACAAACUGUUGCUGUUUGCAGGAUAGGUGGCGUCUUGACGGGCAACCCUCCUACAAGUAACCAAAGGCCUAUCACCUACUGAGGUCGCUUCUUAUCCAUCCUAUUCAUCCUCUUCCUUCAAGCUCAGACUGACUACCAUCACUCUCAAAUUUUUCGUCUUCCAUCAUAGCAACCCUCAACAUGACCAGUGUACACAAUAGCCAGAGAUGUCCCAUCGUCGGUCUCUACGGUAUCCCCGGAUGUGGGAAGUCCCACCUUCUCAGCAAACUCAAAACGCAGCUUGGUGAAGAGAAAUACGUCUACCACGAAGAAUCCAAAGUGAUUGGCACUGUUCCUGCCGGUGACCUGGCCGGCUUCCGAGCGUAUCGUGAACAGGCCAUCCGCAAUAUCCAAAAGAACCCGAAACACGGCUGUGUCACCGUCGUCACAGGCCAUUUCAUGUUCUGGGAGCCGACCGAGCCGAUGGGAAAGAUCGUAUGUACCAACAAAGAUCUUGCAACAUGCACUCACAUCUUCUACUUGGACGUGGCUCCUGAAGUGGUCCAGGGCUUUUGGGGACAGGAUACAGCCAGAAAGGGUCCCUGUCCCCCAGUCGACCACAUUCGAGCAUGGCAGAAAGUUGAGAAAGCUGAAUUGCGGAGUCUCUGCCACGAGCACCGAAUUAUCUUUUCGCUUCUAGGCGCCCAUCAAGAUGCUGCGAAUCUUAUUGGAAGUGUUUGGCACCACGACGAAGAUUCCAAUCUCCGGCUUGCUAAGCAUCAUCUCAGGGAGGCACUCGGUGGCAACCUGUCUGGGAAGACUGUUUUGAUGCUAGACGCGGACAAAACUCUGUGUUCCCAGAAUACUGGGGAGCUUUGGUGGAGGAUAUACCGGCAGCAUUAUCCUUCUGAUAAGUCUGAUGAGUCUAACGAAUCUGAUGACUCUGAUAAAUCUGAUGUGUCAGAUGAAUCGGAUGGAUCUGAUGGUCGUGAAUGCCCCUUGAGGCGGCUGUUUAACGGUCCGCUUGCUGUUUUCCUAUACGAAGAGGCUGCUGAUGAUCAGAAGUUCGAUGAGAUCUGUGAAGGGGUUGCUUCGAACGUGAAUGUGCAUCCUGAAUUCAUCAACCUCCUGUGGCAUGUUUUUGACGACACUUGCGUCAAAGCAGUGGUGGUUACCUCAGGCACACGGCUAGUCUGGGAAAAAGUCCUGACACGAGGAGGUUUAUCCGACAAUAUAAAGGUUGUUGGUGGAGGGCGCAUUAAAGACACGUUUGUCGUCACUCCAACGGUCAAAAGUGCUCUGGUCGGCUACCUGCGGAAAACCUUGGAGGCGGAAGUCUGGGCCUUCGGUGCUAGUCGCAUGGAUUUUGGGAUGUUGCGGAACCCUGAUCAGGCGUUUGUCGUCGUUGGCGAAGAGGCUAAUCGAAGCACAGCCAUGGAUGAGGCCUUGAUGGAUGAAUUCACCAAUGACAGAUUUCGGCCGAAACAGGUCUUGCUGCCUGCUACUUCCUCACCACGACUAGAGACAAAAGUGCUACCGAUCACGACUCUUGACAGCCAAAUGUUUCUAGACUUGCUCUUUCGUGGCUCGAAAAGAGUCACGGUCAUCGAAGCAACCGAUACGGGUGCCUCCCGAGUUCUUACCACUCCCACGAGGAACGCCUCGAUAUCCGGACCCGCGCUCCAAAACGCUCAUCGCGACGCUGGAAGGUACCUCGCGCUUGCAUACUUGCCGAACAUCGUUGAUAUCGAAAAUUACCCUAUUUCACAUGUGCAAGGCCAUCAGGCCAGCAUCAUAACAACCAUAAUUGCUUUGAUGCGAGGUGGGGAGCCUCUGGCUCGUGGGAUUUAUGACUACCUGCCUGGAGCUGCUUUUAUCCACGCGAAGGUACCAGACGAUGUUUGCCACGGCCACUUGCAGCAUCAGAAGACGGUCAUUCUGGCAGACUGGGUCAUCGACAGCGGGCAGACAGUGGCUAAGUUUGUCCGUCAUAUUCGGAAGCUGACUCCUGAUGUGCGCAUCAUCGUGGUUGCUGGCGUGGUGCAGGGCCGAUCAAUCGCCAAGCUUAGUCCUCUUGAGGCGCUGUCUGAUAAUGAAUACAAAAGUAAAGGGGAAACAGACACUGGCAAUCGUCUAUACAAUACGUUGCAUCUGCCUUGA